AUGGCAACUAAACUACGAUCAAUCCAGAAGGGGCACAAGGGUGCAGUUACACGACUUUUGUCAAAAUUCGAGAUGAUUCAGCAAGAAGCAGCAGGUUUGGAAGAGUUGCAGACGAUAGAAGAUUCUCUGAGACAGAAACAGCAGACGAUCACCGAGAUCCAUGAGAAAAUAAUAGAUGUCAUUCCAGAAGAUGACGGGGAACAAAUCGAGACGGAGAUACUGGACCAUAAUGAGUACAUCUAUAAUUUACAGACAAAGAUACAGAAAGUAGCAAGUUUCAAAAAGGUAACAUUUUCUAAUUUGAAUGUUAAUUCUCAGGCUUUCCUCGUCUCUGAGAGAGGAGAAGCUGGACAAACAAUUGCAGAUUUUGCGUUAACUAAUGCUAACUAUGACAAGGCAGUGUUGUUAUUACACGAAAGGUAUGGACAGAAAGACAGAAUCAUACAGACCUAUAUGAAAGCUUUGCUUGAAGUUCCCGCUCCCGUGAAUACCGUUACCAGUCUGAGAAAGUUCUACGAUACUACAGAAACAUACAUACGGGGACUUGAUUCACUUAACCAGUGUGAGAGCAAAUAUGGAUCUCUUCUCACUCCCAUCAUCCUUCAGAAAUUACCACCGGAAGUCAGAACAAACAUUACACGUGCGCACGGAACAUUAUCUUGGUGUUUGAAUGAAUUAAUGAAGUGUCUCAUAAAUGAAAUUAAUAUUAUGGACGCCGGAAGUGCAUUGAAUACCGGGCAAGAAUUCAUUCUUACAGCAAUCUUCCUGACGAAAUCGGACACGCGAAAGACGGAGAGAAGAAAUAUUCAUAGACCAACCAGACCAAGUGUGAAACCUAAAAGCGUUCAAGUACCAACCUGUGUGUAUUGUAAGGGAGAGCACUCAAGUACAAACUGUGUGAAAAUUAAAGAUCGUGAACAGAGACUCAAUAUUGUAAAAGAAAAGCAGUUAUGUUUUAACUGUCUACGCACUCACAAGGUUAGCGAGUGUAGAUCUAAAUUCAAUUGCAUGAUAUGUUCGCGCCGACACCAUACUAGCAUAUGUGAGGAAGAAUCAAGAAAAAGAUCUACAGAUGAACCCCCUAAAACACAUGACGCGAAGGAAACCCAGUCAUCCGUGCUUCACUUAGCCCAUAAUUUCGCACUAGGACCCGUUUUACUGAAGACAGCCGUUUCCAUGGUUACAUCAUCUUGCACAUCCACAACCGCGAACAUCCUGUUUGAUGAAGGUUCCCAGAGUUCGUGUCUAGCACAGAAACUGCAGCUACAGCCAACCGGCAGUGAAACGCUAUGCUUAUCAGGGUUUGGAGACACAGAGAGACGCAUACGACACCUAGAUACAGCCACCGUCUAUUUACAAACUCCAGAAUUUAACAUCCCAAUCAAAGUGCUGAUAGUACCUGAAAUUUCCGUGCCGCUAAAAACUUACCAGAAACACGCUGGUCAUCUUCCGUACCUGAAAGGACUCAAACUUGCUCAUCCCAUGUCAGAAGAAGAUAACUUCGAGAUCGAGAUAUUAGUGGGCGCUGACCAUUACUGGGACAUAGUGCAAGAUACUGUCGUUAGAGGAGACGGGCCUACAGCUAUACAAUCGGGAAUCGGCUAUCUUCUGUCCGGGCCUUUGAGUACCGAAAAUCAGAUACAGCCAUCCCCAUUCCCCCUGUCUAUGUUGAACGUUAUGACUAUGCACGUGCAGGAAGAAGUCAAUCUAGAGAGAUUUUGGGAAGUAGAAUCAUUAGGUGUAGAACAGAAGUCGGUACACCAAGGCUACGAAGAAUAUAUCAAACAGUACCAGAACACAGGCAUUUCGUAUGAGAAUGGAAAGUACAUUGCAAAAUUACCCUGGAAAGAAAAUCAUCCAAUAUUGCCCAGUAAUGAGCUGAUAAGCCGACGAAGAACUGUUAGUGUAGUAAACCGCCUUAGAAAAGAACCAGAACUAUUUCAGAAGUAUAGAGAGAUUUUAAGUGAACAGGUGAAGAGAGGCUUCAUAGAAAAUAUAACAGAUGUUAAAUCAAGCGAGAAUACCAAACUUCAUUAUAUUCCCCACCAUCCCGUAAAGAAAGACUCGGCGACCACACCCAUACGUAUUGUAUACGACUGCAGCUGCAAGUCAACACGAGAUUCCCCACCUUAA